UCAUGAGUGAUGACAAUAAGGUCACUAGUCCCUCUUUCUCAAAGUUUCUCUGUUGAAGUUUCUCAAUGAAGACAUGAAAUUUACAACUGAUGAAAAUGACUUAAAACUGAUCCACAAGGACCUAAAUGUGUGGAAUAGCAGCCACUAGGUUUUCAUUACCACAAUUUUAUUUAGAUAUAGAUUCUCCAAUGAAGAGUUCUAGCCAUGUUCAAUAUGAUGAAACCAUGGUUUUGGCUUUCUCUUCUUACCCUCUUCUUCUCUUUACACUUCUAUUCUUCUCUUGCAGCUUUAACAACCAUCUCAACAAACCAAUCUCUCUCUGGUGACCAAAACCUUAUCUCUAAAGGAGGAAUCUUUGAACUCGGUUUCUUUAAACCUGCUAAUAACUCCUCUAACUACUACAUAGGAAUAUGGUACAAAAAGGUUAGCCAACAAACAAUUGCUUGGGUUGCCAACAGAGACAAUCCUGUCUCCGACAAAAACACUGCCACCUUAAAAAUCUCAGCUGGUAAUUUAGUUCUAUUAGACGAGUCUUCAAACCAUGUUUGGUCAACAAACAUGAGUUUUCCUAAGUCAGAUUCUGUUUCAGCUAUUCUCUUAGAUAGUGGAAAUCUUGUUUUGAGAAAUAGGCCUAAUGAUGAUGUAUCAGAUCCUCUAUGGCAAAGUUUUGAUCAUCCAGCAGAUACAUGGCUUCCUGGGGGAAAAAUUAGGCUAGACAAUAAAGCAAAGCAGCCUCAGUUUCUAACUUCAUGGAAGAAUAUCGAACAUCCUUCAACGGGUCUUUUCUCUUUGGAACUUGACCCAGAAGGGAAAAAAUUCUCUCUUCGUUGGAAUAAGUCUCAAGAGUACUGGACAAGUGGACCUUGGAAUGGACAUAGUUUUAGUGGUGUCCCCGAGAUGAGGAUCUAUAAUUUUUCAUUUGUGUCGAACGAGAACGAGAGCUAUUUCACGUACUCCACAUAUAACGAUUCAAUUAUAUCUCGACUUGUGGUGAAUAUCUCAGGGAAAAUCGAGCAAUACAUAUGGUUGGAAAGUUCCAAUAAGUGGAACUUGAUUUGGUCACAGCCAAGAAAACAAUGUGAUGUUUAUUCUUUCUGCGGUGCAUUUGCAAUAUGCGAUGACAACUCAUUUCCUUAUUGUACCUGUUUGAGUGGUUUUGAGCCCAAUUCAGUGACUAAUUGGAAUCAGCAGGAUCACUCAGGUGGGUGUAUCAGGAAAGAAAGUUUGCAAUGUAACGGUUUCAAAUCCAAUAAUAAUGACAUGUUCGUCGAAGUCCCUAACGUGGCAUUAGCUCCACAAGCACUAUUUUCAGUGGAUGAAGCGAGAUGUAGAUCAACUUGUUUGGAAACAUGCCCCUACAUUGCUUAUACAUAUAACAAGAAUGGAUGUGCUAUUUGGUCUGCAGACCUCAUGAAUAUACGACAAUUGUCUAGUGAUGAUAGUAAUGGAGAAACUUUGUAUAUCAAACUUGUUAGUGAAAGCAGUUAUCUGGGGAGAGUUACCAUUGGAAAUGUUGUGUGCGCGGUUGUUGGCAUAGGGAUGAUUGGGAUGAUGCUCUAGCUUUAAGUCUUUGACAGAAAACUAGGAGGGCGCAUUGUCUGUCAUGUAUAAUUUGAAUAAUGAAAUUCUCUUUCCAAGUUGGUAUUAUAUUCAAACGAGAUUCGGUAAAAAAUGAUAUGUUAUGCAAUCAGAACUUUUUUAUUCAUCUUUUGUAACAAAUGUUAAAUCCAGAUACUUACUAAGAGCCAUUAAGGAACUAAAUUGUAAAGAUAAAAAAUAUGAACAUAACUUCAGUAGGACAUAACAACAAUCACUUUGUAGGCAAAUGAAAUAUCAACUUACUUGGUGGAGUCCUUCCUUCCUAAUUUAUGAGUUGAAAGGAAGACGGAUAUGAAGCAAGAGAGCAGGCCACAAGGAAGGAUGAAACGACUACGAUUUGAGGCUGCGAUGUUGCCUAUUUAUUUUAACAGAAACCAAUCCCGAUUCAAUAUGUAGGCUUUUAUUUCUAUACAUUUCUCAAUACGUUUCACCUUUAUCUUCAUCAAUCAUUGGGGAAUCAACAUGAUUAUGAAAAUUCUUGAAUAAUUAACAACAAUAACAAAGAAUUAACAAACCUAAACCUAUAACAAAACACAAGUUUACCAGAGA